AUGGUGCGAAGUUUCAACACCAGGGGUCGCGGUGGCCAGCUAGGUCGGCUGCCUCCUUCUAGGGGCAGAGGGCGAGGCAAGGCGUUGGGCUGGGGCCGGAGUUACUUCGGCCCGCGGCCAGCCUAUCUGCAGAGAAGCAGGUACGGGUCUCGGGGUUCGGUGGGUCGCAUCGGGGGUUUGGGGCGAGCGAUGGCUCGCCGCAGCGGUCGGCAGCAGCAGCAGCAGCAGCAGCAGCAGCAGCAGCCGCAGCAGCAGCAGCAGCGGGGGGGGGGCCCCAGGGGCCCCUCUGCAACAGCAGAAAGCCUAGAUGCUGAGCUUGAAGCAUACAUGGGGGAGGAAGCAGUUAAAGAGAGAUUAGAUAGAGACUUAGAGAUGUACUUCCACGCAACAGCGCAGCAGCAGCAACCUGCUGCUGCGGGUGCAGCAGCUGCUGCUGCGGCGCCAUGGAGGUCACAAUGGAGAACUCAGCCCUAUAAACUGCAGCAGCAGCAACAGCUGCUGCUGCUGCAGCAGCAGCAGCAGCAACAGCAGCAGCAACAGGCACUUGUCCUCGACUUGCUGCUUGCAGCUCCCGAGAGGGAAGAGGGAACGAGGGGCGAAGAGACACCCGGCUGCCCUGCAGCGCCUGCCAUGAGCGCCAGCAGCAGCAGCAGCAGCAGCAGCAGCAGAGCAGCAGCGGCGGCAGAAGCCGCAGCAGCAACCGCCUCCGUAGCAGCAGCAGAAGGCGCAGCAGCAGCAGCAGCAGCAGCAGCCGCAUUAAAAACAAUAGUAGCAUUACCCGUAGCAGUAGCAGCAGCAGCAGCAGCAGUAAUAGCAACAGCAGCUGCUUCGUAA